AGGGAGGGCGUUGGCUGGGCCGGGGAGGGGAGGGGCGAGCCCUCACCUCCCCUGAAAUCCAUUGCUCACAGUCAGCCCGCCAGCCCACAGCAGCCGUGGUCCACCUCGCCCUCUCUCCGCAGACAUGUCGUCAAAGUACGCCGGUGGCCCUACAGAAACCGAACGCUGCAUCGAGUCGCUGCUGGCUGUCUUCCAGCGCUACGCCGGCCGGGAUGGCAACGCUUGUUCCCUCUCCAAACGCGAGUUUGUGACAUUCAUGGACACCGAGCUGGCGUCUUUCACGAAGAACCAGAAGGACCCAGCCAUCGUGGAUCGCAUGAUGAAGAAACUCGACAUGAACAAUGACGGCUCCUUGGAUUUCGGCGAGUUCUUGAACCUCAUCGGUGGCCUGGCGCAGGCCUGCCACGCCCAAGUCAUGGCAUCCCCGACCAGCGGUGGACCCAAGAGGCCAUGAUCCACUCCCUCUCGCCCAUCACCAGAGAAAUCCAGAACAUUCCAGAAAAAACGAUCUCGACAUGUGACCAACAUCAGAGGUCACGAUACACGUGGCACCAUCUACAUUUUCAUCAAUAAAAUUGAUGUGAAAAUUUA